UGUUUACAGUCGGAGCUCAUACUGGGACCAGCAUAUCGUUUGUGGGUUUACACAGGUUUGACGGACGUGAGGUGUGUUUUGAUGGGACUUCUAACCAAGAAAGUAUUUUGACAUGAUGACGGGACGAUGCAAUCAAUGUCAGCUCAGGUGAACACGUUAUCUCGGUCAGAUAACGAUCCUGUUAUCGCCAUAAAGAGACAGUGCUAUUAGGAUCUCAAAAGCAAGACUGAUAUUUUGGAGAACAAAGGGGUGCAUCACAUUGUUUUCGUUUUAGUGUAGUAUUCUCACGCUUUGUUGCAUCUGACGUGGAAGAUUUGAAAAUCACUGAUGGCGUCAAAAUCUAGGGUCUCCAUUCUGGAUUACUUCAAUAUAGUCUGUGAGGGGGAUAAUGGCAAGAUUGAAUCAAACUGCAAAGCUUGUGGCACACGGAUUCAGGCUAAACGGACAGUUACUUCUAACUUUGUUACACAUCUAAAGCGCAAGCACCAGGCCAUGUAUGAUGAGUUUGUGAGGAAGAAAGAUGUGAAAAGGGAGGCGAUGCAGAUGUGUGCUGGCCCUGCAGGUGGCCGAGUGAUCUCUCAAAAUGGUGCUGGGAUGAGCAAGUUUGACUACAGCGACCCUCGGCAAUCCCUCAUCUCGGAAGCCAUUGCCAAGAUGAUCAUCCGAGACCUGCAGCCAGCACAGAUUGUGGAAUAUGAGGGCUUCCGGGAGUUACUUCAGCUCCUGGAACCCCGAUAUAUUCCAGUACCAUGCCAUUAUAUACAACAGCAACUUCUGCCAGCCUAUGUUUCUCAAGUGCAGCUAGCUGCCAAGCAGGCUCUAAAAGGGGCAGAGUCCUGCAGUGUGACCCUUGACCUGUGGACAAGCAGCACUGUAGGUGCUGGGUAUCUUGGAGUGACUUGCCAUUUCAUAAAUGCAGACUGGCAUAUUAGAUCCGCUCUUCUGGCAUGUUUGCCUCUUGCAGACCACAGUAACUCCCAGCAAAUGCUCACAGAGUUUAAUGAGAUCUCAGAAUCCCAUGACAUCUCUGGAAAAGUGUUCAGAGUUGUUGCUGACACGUCGCCUUCUGAAGACAGAUCUGCCUUUCAUCUGCCUGGGUUCCAUCUCAUUGGGAACGGUGAGGAUGAGGAAGAAGAUAGUAGCGAUGAAGAGACUGGUGCAGGAGGAGUUAAGGAAGCCAUUAGUGGCAACGAGAACCACAAGUCUUUAGGUCAGUGUCUUGGUCGAAGUAGGAUAGACUGCUUUGCUCGAUUACUGGCUCAAUGUGUUAGGGAAGGAGUUUGCGCUUCCCCUCAGAUAUCAGUUCCUCUAAGCAAAGCAGCCUGUCUGUACAACUAUAUAAUUGCUACAGUGGCUCCUGAAAAACUUGUCCAAGUGUUUGGCUCUAGUAGUGCCCCUACAAAUGGACAGGGAUCUUCAGACAAGAACUGGAAUGCGCAGUUAAAAAUUAUGCGUCAGAUGAUGGAGUCUAUGGAUUUCCUCGAAGACAUUGUGGACAGAAAUGACAUAGUCCUCAGUAACUUAGAAAAAGCUGUGCUGAGGGAGCUAGUUGAGAUUUUGGAGCCUUUCGAAGAGGCUUCAGACAUGGUCCAGGGAGACAAGCAUGUCUCCAUCAGCUUAGCCCUGCCCUGUGUAUUAGGUCUGCGCAAGCAUCUGGCAGAGGUCAUAACUCACCAGUGCUCAGGGAUUGUGAUGGGGUUGUCUCAAGCUCUGGACCGCAGGCUUGCCGGCAUUCUUAAGGACCCUCUCUGUGUAACGGCGACUACCCUGGAUCCACAGUUCAAGCUCUCCUGGAGCAGUGACACUGACUGGCACAAGCAGAUGCUGCUGGAAGUGGUUGGAAAGCAUACUCAGCCUUUGAGUCCACUAGAACAUCACUCAGAGGCCCAGCCAUCUCCAUCCAAACGCUGCAAGCUUUUCUCAUUCAUUAAGCAGAGGCCAACCACUCAAGCCAAGACUGUGGAGCAGGAGCUGUCUGCAUAUCUUCACGAAGAACCAACAGAUGAGGAUCCAUUACAAUACUGGAAACGCAAGUCCAUAGAUUUCCCCUUGCUCUCACAAGUGGCCAAGAAAGUUUUUACUGUGCCAGCAACAACCACAGCAGUGGAUCAGAUAUUCAACCUGGUUAGCAAGACACUCAGUCCAGAGCAAUGUCGACUUCUGCCAAAAAACUUGGACACUCUAAUUUAUUUAAAAGCUAACUAUAGGAUACUUUGGUCCUAGCUGCAAAGAAAGCUUUACAGCGAUUAUCUUCUUUCUUUUUUACUAAUAUCAAACUAAACACCUCAAAUCCAAAUGGGGAUUGUGCCUGAUAUAUAUCUGUCAGUACAAAUAGAAUUAAAAAAUAUCAAAAUACGUAUUGUCAGCAAAUAAUUACUUUUUUUUUUAUAUGAUUAGUUAAUAGUUUGAUUCUAGAAUGGACUAGUCUGCACUUAUCUAACUAUUAUGGGUAACACUUUUUUAUAAUAACCUUUAUUAAUAAGUUAACAAACAUUAUGUAAUGAUACAGAUCACUAGUUCAUGUAAAUUAAAAUAUAUAUGAAAAUAUGAUAUAUUAAUAAACAUUAUAAAGUGUUACCCUAUUAAAGCUGAGGUAUGUAAUUUCUGCGCCACCAAACGGAAUUGCAAAAAUAAACAUUGUUUUCAAAACAGCUUCGUCUCUGUUGAUCAAACAAACAGAUAGUCCCACCCCCAGCUCACGCUAUUUGUCGAGUCAAUGGCUACGUUUACAUGCACCCUCAUAACGCGAUUACAAUUUGAUUAAGGCAAUACUGCCAUUAAACUGUUGCUCAUGUAAUCAGAAUAUUGCGAUUAUGCUAAUAAUCAGAGUAAUGAUAAUUGCAGAAAGAUAUGUGGAGUACUCCUAUUUUAAUCACUUUAUACUGGCAUGUAAACGCUUUAAUUUCAUUCUUUCCACUCUGACCAAAGUGCGCCUGUGCCAGUGCUGCAGACGGAUGACGUUACGCUCAAGCACAGGUUCAAAAACAUCACGAAACAAAAGAAGCUGCACUUCUUGGCUUAAUGCGAAACGGCAGUUUCCGGCACUGUUUUCGAGCAGUGGUGCUCCCCAACUGCAGAAUACCCACGGCAAAAGAAAACAAAUUUUCACGAGUUGUGAAUGUCGGUUUGCAGUCUAAUUUGAAUGUUGGUGGGAUAAAUAAGACUGUAUACUGCAAAAAAAAAAAAAAAAAUAAUAAUAAUAAUAAAUAAAUAAAUUGCAAGUAUGUCUUUCAAAUGAGUUUACACUCGCAGGCGGAACAGAACAACAUCCAGCGCGUGUAUUCCGAUUCAAACAAGUGACUCUUAUGAACCGAUUCUUUUUAGUGAAACAAAACAUACAGAGCAACCAGUGUAAUCUGACAAAAAAUUACUCUUAUGAACCGAUUCUUUUUAGUGAAUCAAAACAGACAGCGCAUCAAGCGUAGUCGAAAAUGACUCUUAUUAACCGGUUCUUUUAAUAAAUUGUUCAAAAAAAAACUCACAAACUGACUGUCUAAUUUUCCAUAUUUUUCCAUAUUUGCAACAAGAUUUUUUUUGUAAUAUUAUUUUGAUAAAAAAGCAUUAAAACAUCACAUUUCUCAGCGAAUAAUAAGAGGAUUGGCAAGUAGCAUGAAAACUGGAUUGAAGAGGUUUGCCCAAAUCAGGUAAACAUCGUAAUCGAAUUGUUACUUAUACUCUGAUUAUUGCAAUAAUCAGAGAAUUGGUGUACAUGUAAACGUAGCCAAUGUUAUUGUCUCUCUUAAUAUGGGUCACUCAAAACAAAUGGAGGUAUUUUCAUAGUGCAACAGAGAUACAGUACUAAUAGUUUUCAAGAAAAUUAACAUAUGAAUGUCUCUGCAUAUUAAGCUGGGAUAGCAGAAAGUAUUUUAACACCAAAAAAGUUACAUACUUCAGCUUUAACUGCCUUUGUUACAGAUUUAUGUACUCGUAAGACACAAAAUGUUAUGUUCUGUCAAUUAAUUUUUCACCCCAAUAUAAUGCUACUUAAACACAACAGAAUCAUAUGAGUGCAGUGCACAAUGCUGUAUAUCCCUUAUUAAUUGUUAAAUAUUUACAUAUGAACUCUCAUUCUCUAUCAGCAUGUUAUUUAACUCUGAAAAACAUGGAUUCUUGCAACUAAAUGCUUUCUCAAAACACGUUAGAAAAAGAAUAGCAAUUUUCAAAUAAACAUUAUUAAACAUUUGGUUAAAGGUAGCUUUGUAAACAUUGAAGAGAUAAAUUGGUCAGAUAGCUACAAUAUGUCUGACAAGCUAUUUGUGUGGAUUCUUUGUGUACAAAACCUGCCUGCUAGAAAGCUGCAGGCAGGUCCUGUAAUUGAAAAUAAUUACAUUUCAGGCCUGUGGGGAAUUGGAGAAGGCUAAUGGUGGACUGCAGUCUCUCCCAGCUUUCAGGGCUGAAUGGAGAGCAAUGAAGCCUGUUGGAUAUGUUGGUGUGAGACUUUUUGUUUUUGUAUGAAAAAGGUUGACAUUUCCAUUUCAGUAAAAAAAAAAAAAAAAGUGUUAGUUACCAAACCUUACAUUUUGUCCUAUGUUGUAAAUAUGAAAUGCUGGGUAAUGCAAUUUAUCCUAAAAGGGGCAGGCAAUGUUUGUAUAUUACAAUAAUUCCACCAAUCAGUAAUUAUUAGUGUGUAUGCAUUAAUAGUUAUAAAGUAGUGUGCACAUGUGCCAGGUUGUGCAUCUUAACAGCAGAGUUUAAAUGUGCCUGUAUUCUGAUCGUGGUGAAAAAAUAGCAAAAAGGACAUUCAAUCAAUAAACUCAAUCUCAAGCAGA